AUGAAUGUUAGGACAGCCACUAGAGGCUGCGCUAGAUAUCCACAAUAUGUCUCAUAUGCUCAAAGGCAUGCCCGUAAUUUCUACCCAGCAUUGCAACGUGCACAACCAAUUCAACAACACGUUAACAAUAAUAACUUUAGUUGCCGUGCACGUUUAUACACUCAGACCCAUACUGUAUUGAGACCAGCCGUUCAAGUCUCAGAACCACAAUUAUCUCAUAACAAAAAAAAUUAUCGUACUGAAACUCCAUCUGAUACUACAUUAGUAGGACUUACAGGUGGUCAAAUCUUCCAUGAAAUGAUGAUUCGUAAUAAUGUCGACACUGUAUUUGGUUACCCAGGUGGUGCCAUCUUACCAGUAUAUGAUGCCAUUCACGAAUCCAAAGCAUUUAAUUUUGUCUUACCAAAACAUGAACAAGGGGCAGGUCAUAUGGCUGAAGGUUAUGCCAGAGCCUCAGGAAAACCUGGUGUUGUCCUUGUGACUUCUGGACCAGGUGCUACAAAUGUGGUGACUCCCCUAGCGGACGCCCUUUCAGAUGGUAUUCCAUUAGUUGUAUUCACUGGACAAGUAGCUACAAGUGCGAUCGGCUCGGAUGCAUUUCAAGAAGCAGAUGUUUUGGGGAUCACUAGACCGUGCACAAAAUGGAAUGUUAUGGUAAGGAACAUAGAAGAAUUACCACAACGUAUUAAUGAGGCCUUUAAGAUUGCAACAAGUGGUAGACCAGGACCUGUUCUAGUAGAUUUACCAAAGGAUGUGACUGCGGGUAUUCUAAGAAGUAUGAAGAAUGUGAAACCAAUAGUACCUGAUCUACAAGUCAGUCAUACAAUUAAGACCUUAGAGAGAGAAUAUACUCUUGAACGCUUAGCUAAAGCUGCAGAAUUGAUUAAUUCAGCAAAGAAACCUGUAUUUUUUGUUGGGGCAGGUAUCCUGAACAAUCCAGAGGGACCAAGAUUAUUAAAGGAAUUGAGCAACAGAGCAAAUAUUCCAGUGAUGACUACUCUUCAGGGGCUAGGAUCAUUUGACCAAGAAGAUCCCAAAUCACUGGAUAUGGUCGGUAUGCAUGGUAGUGCCGUGGCAAAUAUGGCUAUGCAAAAUGCAGAUUUAGUUAUUGCUGUAGGUGCUCGAUUUGAUGAUCGUGUUACUGGUAAUAUUCAAAAAUUUGCCCCAAUGGCUCGUGAAGCUUCAUUAACAGGUACCGGAGGUAUCAUUCAAUUUGAGAUUAACCCUAAGAACAUAAACAAGGUUGUUCAAACGGAUGUCGCAAUCGAAGGUGACGCCGCAACUAAUCUAGGAAGAGUCCUACCAAUGGUAUUCCCAUUGAAGGAAAGAAAAGAAUGGUUUGAACAAAUUAAAGUCUGGAAAGAAAAAUACCCUUAUAGUUACAUGAAAGAAACACCAGAGUCAAAGAUAAAACCUCAAACUGUCAUAUCGAGAUUGUCCAAGAUUGCAAAUGCCACAGGGAGAGAAGUUAUCGUCACUACUGGUGUUGGGCAACAUCAAAUGUGGACUGCUCAACAUUGGACGCGGAAGAAUCCACGUACUUUUAUCACAUCAGGUGGUCUGGGAACUAUGGGUUAUGGUCUGCCAUCAGCUAUUGGUGCUCAAGUGGCAAAACCAAAAGCAUUGGUUAUUGAUAUAGAUGGGGACGCUUCUUUCAACAUGACCUUGAAUGAAUUAAGUUCAGCAGUACAAGCCCGUGUCCCUAUUAAAGUCUUAUUAUUAAACAAUGAAGAACAAGGUAUGGUCACACAAUGGCAAUCCUUAUUCUACCAAAACCGUUAUUCCCACACACAUCAAUUGAACCCUAACUUUAUAAAACUUGCCGAGGCGAUGGGUCUAAAAGCCAUGAAUGUAUCCAAAUUAGCAGAUCUAGAUAGUUCCUUAGAAGAAUUUGUCUCAACUCCUGGCCCUGUAUUACUUGAAGUUGAGGUUGAGAAGAAAGUACCAGUACUACCAAUGGUUCCAUCAGGUAAAGGUUUAGACGAAUUUAUUAGUUUCAUUGCUGAUGUUGAAAAUGAGCAAAACAGAUUGCGCCAUGAGCGUACUAACGGUGAAUUCUAG